AUGAGUUUAUUCUCAUCUAUUUUGUGUUGUACCAGUGACAUAACAUCUGAUAAUAUCGAUAACAAUAAUAGUGGUAAUAAUAGAAACAGAAAUAGUCAUAUAAGAACUGAUAAUAAAGAUUACUCAAAAAAGGUGAGUGUAUAUAAGAAUACAAAUAAUAAUAGUAGAUCCAUUCAAAAUAAAGAAAUGAUAUCUAAAAGAGAUAAGAAUAGAAAUAAUAGAAAUAUUGAUAAACCUGUGAUAAGCAAUAAAGAACAGCAAUCUAGUGAGAAAAAUACUAAAAGUGAAACUAAGUUUAUGAAAAGGGGAAGUACAAAGGACGAUAAUGAUGUUAUCCUUGCGGAUAUAGAGUAUGCAAAUGAAGAAAAAGAUUAUGAAGAUUCGGAUGAUAUGGAUAUUGAUGAUGAAGUUGCUCUUAUUGGUGGCGGUAGUAAUGAUAACUAUAAAACAAAAUUAAACUCAAAUGAAAAUCAAAAUAAUAAUAACAAUAGUAAUGGCAAUAAUAAUUAUGAUGCUAAUAAUAACGAUAACGAUGGUGAAUAUCUAAAGAAUAAAGAAAAACAUACCAUAAAUGUUUAUACAAAUGAGACUGAUAGAAGUACUGGAAGUUCAGAUUAUGGUUAUAUGCAUCAGCAGCAACAACAACAACAAUUACAACAAGAAAAUUUGGAAAAUGAAUUAUCUCAAUUAACAACUAUAUCCUCAAAUGAAAAUGAUAUUCCAUCCCCUAACAUUGUAGCACCUUCUUCUAUCAACAAUAACACUCCAAAGACGUUAAAUGCUAAUAAUGAAAUUAAUAAUAAUAUUCAUGAAAACAAUAUCAAUACUGAACCUGUAAUAUCCACAACAUUAACUAUAUCUGAUACAAAUACUACUACAAAUUUGCCAAGUCCAAUUUCCAGCAGUGAUCAAAAUGAUAUCUCAAUGAAUAGUAAUAAUAGUAAUGAUGAUAUAGAUUAUGAUAUGAUGCAUCCAUUUGAUGAAAAUGAAGAAUUUGUAGAUUUAACCAUGUUGCAGCCCAAUCAAUAUCAUGCACCUGGAUUUAAUACAUUAUUAUCUCCAAAGGAUCAAGUUUUUAAAAAUAAAAAAUUAUUAGUAUUAGAUUUAGAUGAAACAUUGGUUCAUUCAUCAUUCAAAUAUUUAAGAUCUGCUGAUUUUGUUUUACCUGUAGAUAUAGAUGAUCAGAUGCAUAACGUUUAUGUUAUAAAAAGACCUGGUGUCGAUGAAUUUUUGAAAAAAGUCGGUGAAUUGUUUGAAGUUGUGGUUUUUACGGCAAGUGUUAAUAGAUAUGGUGAUCCCUUGUUAGAUAUACUUGAUAAGCAUAAGUCUAUACAUCAUAGAUUAUUUAGGGAGGCGUGCUAUAAUUAUGAAGGUAAUUAUAUUAAAAAUUUAUCACAACUAGGUCGACCACUUUCGGAUAUCAUAAUAUUGGAUAACUCCCCUGCAUCUUAUAUAUUUCAUCCACAACAUGCUAUCCCCAUAUCUUCAUGGUUUUCUGAUACACAUGAUAACGAGUUACUAGAUAUAAUACCUUUAUUAGAAGAUUUAGCUAAGCAAAAUAUCAUUGAUGUUGGGAAGGUUUUAGAUGUCUCUAUUUGA